UACUACACUAAUGACACUACCUACCUACCUAUUAUGGGGUAGUUUUCUUUCUCUGUUAUUUUCAUUAUUUUGUUUUGCAAGGUUAUGAAAAUGAAUUAAUUUCUAACAAUUAUAUCAGGGAGAGAAGAUGACCUUAGAUUAUUUAAGGAAUGUCUAGAAUUAGGGGCAUUGAAGCCAGAGCGCAAAAAGAAGUUUUACAGACACGGGCACACGAAAGCAACAUCGUAACCAUCAAAAAGAAAAAUGAAGAUCAGUCUUCCAAGUCAAAAGAUGAAGUGGAAAAGCAGCAAAUCCGAGAGCUGCUGCACAAGUUACCAAAGUUGGAUAAGAUAUUUGAAGUGCACCGCAAGAUUGGCGAGGGCACGUUCAGCUCCGUGUACCUCGGGUCGCUGCGCCAGCACUCGGCGCUGUCGGCCGCCGACAAACGCUGGUUCGCCAUCAAGCACCUGGUGCCCACGGCGCACCCCGCCCGCAUCGAGCACGAGCUGCGCUGUUUGCAAGACAUGGGGGGCCAAGACAAUGUUAUAGGAGUGGACCUGUGUUUGCGUAAUUUUGACACUAUAGUUUUUAUAAUGCCGUAUAUACCUCAUAGAAAAUUUUCAGAGUAUGUGGGCGAGAUGGACGCGGCGGAGCUGCGGCGCUACAUGCGCGCGCUGAUGGUGGCGCUGCGCCGCGUGCACUCGUUCGGCGUCAUCCACCGCGACGUCAAGCCCAGCAACUUCCUGUACGACAGGGAAAACCAAAGAUACCUGCUGGUGGACUUCGGCCUCGCGCAGCGGCUGGUGACGAUCCCCCCGCUCGCCGCCCCCUCAGCCCCCGCUCCAGCCCCGGCAGCCCCCGCAGCCCCCGCAGACCCCGCUCCGGCCCCCGCAGCCCCCGCUCCAGCCCCCGCAGCACCCGCGCCGCCCCCCGCACACUGCAACGGCACUCGCAAGCGCGCUCGGACAGAGGAGGAGGCUCAGACUGAAGCCAAGCGAAUGGCGCUGGACCUGAGGGUGGGGGCGCGCGGCCCUCCCCUCCCCGCGCCGGCCGCCGCCUCCCCCUCCCCCUCCCCCACCCCCUCACCCGCAGCCCCCGCGCUGCCCCCUAUCAAGAAGCCCGCGUGGUGCUCGUGCGCGGGCGCGGGCGGCGUGUGCGCGCGCUGCACCGCGCUGGUGGCUGCGCGGGCGCCGCGCGCCGGCACGCAGGGCUUCCGCCCGCCAGAGGUACUGCUAAAGUGUGUCCACCAGACGACAGCCGUGGACAUGUGGGCCAGCGGCGUCGUGCUAGCCAGCAUUCUUACUGCCAGGUACCCGUUCUUCCGCGCGGGCGACGACGUGGCGGCGCUGGCGGAGCUGGCCGACCUGCUGGGCACGCGGGCGCUGCAGCGCGCCGCCGCUAGUUUAGGUCGGCGGCUGGUGAUGUCGUCGUCGCGGCGCGGCGUGUGCCUGCGCAAGCUGUGCGCGCGGCUGCGGGGCGCGGUGCCCCCGGCGCCCCCAGCGCCCCCGCCGACCGCCGCGCCCCCAGCGCCCCCCGCGCGCUGCGAGCGCUGCCACCAGCUCACGACGCUCUGCUUGUGCAGGGACGACCCCGAUCAGCCAGAGACAGAAGUGCCCGGUCGAGUGACCGCAGGAUUCCCUGAUUCGGCGUUUGCGCUCGCGUGGCGGCUGCUCGACCCCAACCCGCGCACGCGCAUCUCCGCCGACGACGCAUUACAACAUCCGUUUCUCGCUGACACAUAGUCUAUGCUUCAUUUAUAUCUUACCAUAGAUUUAUAUUAGGUUAGAUACCGCAUCGCGGACGACCCACCGAUGUUAGCAAGAAAUUAAGAAGAGUGAAGGGACCUUCAAUGAAGGAUCGUGUCUAAGCAGUAGGGACAUGAUCGUCAGUAGGUGUUCUGGUAGAAUUUAAAACAAUACCACUGCACUAUAGAGGUACGUUAAGGUCACCGCUUUCCAUCAGAUGGUCGCAAAAAUACCCACCGCGCUUUCCUUUUAGAACGGUUUCCGAUGUUUUACCUACAAAGGCCUUGCCUUCAUAGGACGUAUUUACAGUAAAUGAAUAUUUAAUUUAUCUAUAGAUACGAAUAAUGACACGUUCAAUUUUGUAGUAAUUUUCCUGUGAAGAUGCGGUGUCAAUCCUGGUAUAAAUCUGUGACAAUCUGUGUCAGUUGGAUACGAAUGGGUGAAUUUUCGUCACUUGAGACGCGUUGCCUCGCAUUUUAAUAUGUUAAAUUAAAACAUUGCAACUGCUUUGUAAUCCCACAUGACUCUUAAUAUUCGUAAAAGAAUUAUUAUUUUUAUCAUCAGUGACACAUUGUAGAAUUUUAAUAGAAAAGUGUAGCUCCUCUCACAUUCAAAUUUUACCAUAUGUCACGUUGUUAAAAUUAGAACCUUAUAAGGCAGUUGUUUGAAAAUAAACUUUGUUCACUUGGCAUAAGAUUAAAUUUUGGAUGAAUCAUAGCUACCACUGCCUUAUAAGGUACUAUUAGGUUUUGUGCAUUAGAAACGUGAAAGUUUAGGUUAAUAUUAGUUGUUAUUAGUUCAUAGAUAAGAGCCUGUUUCAUCGCUUGCUGAUAAAGUAUCUGAUAGCCUAUGUGUAGCGGCAUUAAAAAUUGUGAUUGACAAUUGUUAGAUACGGGAACUGGCAAAUCACAUCCAGCAGAUUUACCUGCCAGAUUACAAUUGGACAUUUUAUGGGAAACUGGUGAAUCAGGGCUCCAUAGUCCAUCCAGAGUUCUAUUUAUUUGCGUAAAUUCCUUUGUCAACUUUUUUACAUAUUUGACAUUUUGAAAAUAAAUUUCACAUUUCUAAUGUCACCGCCUGACUUAUACUAAUGUUUUAAACUGUAAUUACCUACAAGUAGACGGUAUUUGUUGAGGCCACUUGUUCUCCCGCUGUCAAUACAUCGAUGCGUUUGCCUGGUGUUCGGGACCUGGUGGCGGCUACUCACACACCUGUCACCGAUCUACCGAAUUACCAAUCAACCUAGAUUACCAAAGAAAGGGAUGCAUGUAUUUAAUAGAAAAGGAAGGCCGUUUUUGUUAUCUUUCUUUUGCUUAUCUGCAUCCCUUCCUGUUGUCAAUUAAAUAGGAGCGUGCGUAGCCGGUCUUAUUGUUUCUGGAAGCCUCGCCAUAGACAACCCUACAGUUCUUGUGAAAGCUAAUUGAAAUGAGGCGCUCUACUUUCGCAUUGUGCGUUAAAAUUUUGUGGUUUUAGCGCGCAUUAUUACAAUCUUCCUACCGAGCUUACUGCAAUAAUUUUGUUGGCAAAGGUCCUGUUUCACCACUUUCAUAUUAAUGUUAUAUUGUAAUCUGGCUGAUGAACUAACUGCUAGAUAACUGCAUGAUGUGAUUAUAGUAUCAGACACAUUAUGAGCAAGCGGUGAAACAGGCCCCUAAUGUGAUUUCUAUGAAUAAUAAAAAUAAGGACAAUAAAUUAUUAAACACACUUAGCCAAUGUCUCGGCGAGACGGAAACAUUCGUGUUUUUUGAUAAACUUUAUUGUUAUCUUACAUCCGGAGGUGAUUUAAUUGGUGUAUUAGGUACAUAUUCCAUGGCCUUGUUAAAUGAUAACUUUGUUACCAUUGCUUGAAUUGUACAUUUUUUAUUAUAAUACGUUCAUGAAUUGUUCUAUUUAAUAUUAAUAUACCCCAUGGUACAAGGGUAAGCGCCGUGCCAAGCUUUUCAAUGAACGUUAUUAUGUGUUGGGUGGGAGCAGCUGUUCUGUAACCGCGUGUAGUAUAUUAUAUAUCCUGUUGCCACACACCUGAUGCGUCUGCAGCGCGUCGUCACUCGUAAUAUUUGAAUAAGGAAUAACAAAUGUCAAAAUAAUAACACUGAAAAGGUGACUGCGUUGUUAUAAAGAUUAAAUUUCCACAAUGUCAAAGUGCUAAAUUUCCUAAAAAUUGGUACAAAAUUCGCAACCAUCUCUUUCUGGCAAACUGUCAGUGUCAUAAACAAGAAAAAUAAAGUUUUACACCCAAUUUAGGAUCGGCUUUGUUCAUUCGUUGGCAUUAUAGUUUAGUAUUAUAAAUUCUGUAUUAGAAUUUUUAAACGCAUCUGUCGGUGUGAACAUGUGCAUACAAAUCCAAACAUCACAAGUAAUGACGUGACGCAGACUCGUCCGGGGUAUUAAGGCCUUGGGCAAUGUCCCGGCGGCCCUCGAGCGUCGACUGACUGCGGCAGCUAGCAACUAAAGCGUUGCCAUUUAAUGUUACGUGCUAAAGGAUCUCAGAGUGUAACUUUAAGUUAGCGCAGUACAAAUAGGUUAGUGCAACAAGUGCCUUCGUUGGAACUAGGCUGUUUUCGUUACCUGGCUGUUUAUUACAUUGAUUAAACAGACAUUAACAAGU